UCCUGGUCUGAUGUGCAGGGUCGGUGGUGUGUGCCCCUCGUCCUUUGGAGGAAGACACAGGACACGGGCACAGCACGGGGCUUACAGAUGCCGAGCUCACUCAGCCCCCUGGGGGCAUGUUCUGGGCACAAAGACUUAGCUGGGGCCUCCUGCCAGCCCUGCUCCUGCACCUCCCUCUUGUCCCCAGGCCUCUUCUCCCAAGGCUAAGGGCCAAGGGCCACCUCCAGGUCUGGGCCCAGGAGGCUGCAGAGGCUGAGGACUGUGGCCCGGAACUGCCCCGCCCCUCAGCAGACCCCGCCCCCACCAGGUCAGACAGCAGGUGGAGAGCCCUUCCAUCCUGCCAGAGAUCCUGCUAGAGGUGUGUUUCGUGUCCCAGCAGGGAGCUGAGGCUUGCGUGGCAUUUGAGGGAUGGGUCAUCUGCUGUCACCGAGUGAUUCACUAAGGUCCUGGGUGACUAACCCAAGGGAGGAGCCCGUUGCUCAGGGCUGGCGACAGCUCCCAGUCCAGCCACCGUGGGCACCUGGGCUGUGGACACAGGGCGGCAGCCUCCUCUUCCUCCCGGGCGCAGCCCGAGCCCCACAGUGGGUACCUGCGUGCCUGGAGUUCACGUCAGAACAGGAGUCCCCGGAGCCGGGCCAGGGGGAUGAACCGCGAGGGCGCGUCCGGGAAGAGUCCGGACGAGGUGUACAUCCAGCAGAAGGUCCGCGUGCUACUCAUGCUGAGGAAGAUGGGCUCCAACCUGACGGCCAGCGAGGAGGAGUUCCUGCGCACCUAUGCCGGCGUGGUCAGCAGCCAGCUCAGCCAGCUGCCCCAGCACGCCAUCGACCAGGGUGCGGAGGACGUGGUGAUGGCCUUCUCCAGGUCAGAGACGGAGGACCGCAGACAGUAGCCGCCGUGAGCCCCUCGGGACGCCCAGGAAGCUGUGAGGGCCAGAGUCGGUGGGCAGCUCCUGAAAGUGACCACCACCGUCCCUCCUCCCUCCCCCUGCCCGCCCCUCCCCCAACCUGGCCACGGAGCGGGGCUGACACCCCAGGAGACACCAGCGUGGUGCGUUUACAGUUGGCUUAAAGGGAUGGACUCACGAUUGGCUACAGGAAGAACCCUUUUUAUUUUUAAAUCUUGACCAACGGAAACCUUUUAUUUUUAUUUCUGACUCUUAUUUUUUUAAAAAAUUUGCGCCUCGGUAUCCGGCUUCCCAGGAAGUUGUCCGAGCUCUGGUGCUUUAUUUAGGUCAUUUUUUAGGAUCGAGAAGAGGCCUGAUUGGCUGCUUAAACUGGAAAAGGAUGGUGAUUGGCUGGCUAGUGGGACAGGGUCUUGUCUGUGAUUGGCUGCAGGUAUUCCGCUGAUACCAACCGCUUCACUAUGCUGAAUGCAGAAAACAGGGUCUGGGACAUUGGUUGUUAUUUUUGACUUGAAAAAAAAAAAAGCAAUCAAGUA